UGGGUGACGAAGAUAGACUGACGUUUUCAGCGCUUAUAGCGGCUCCCCGAACGCAGCCAAUAUGAUAUCAGAAAUUUGAAAAAUCUGGUCUGUUUAAAAACAGGUGAUAAUACGAAAUUGACAAUUGGCUUGAGGGAUACUAAUAAAAGUCCAAGCGACCAGAAAAUCGCGCCAUCUAAAAAUCCAGAAAAUCAGGAGCUGCAUAUAAUCGGGACAGUCGUUGUAAGAUCACUCCUGGAAUUAUUAUGCGACAUUUUAGGAAAGGACAAAAGUCACGGAAACAAAGCAUUUUCUGAUAUCCUAAAGAUAUUCAAGGAAAUGCGUUUAAUUGACGACACCUACGAUGCAGUGGAAUUUGAAGAGCUAAAAAAAAAGUACCAACAGACUCUUAAGCAGAUGUUCUCAAUUGCUUAUAGUGAAUGCAAAAGUGACAAUGUUCCAUUCGUUUCAAAGCCGCUAACACCAAAACUGCGUUAUGAGGAGGAAUUUUGUGAAAUAAGUUUUAUUGCUAAGGGAGGUUUUGGUAAAGUUUAUAAAGCGCAACAUCGUCUCGACGGCAUUGAAUAUGCGAUUAAAAAAAUUAACGUUCCCACCGAUCAAGUAAAUGUUAUACAUGAGCAAUUAAAUGAAGUCAGAACAAUGGCCAAAUUAGAUCAUAUUAAUAUUGUAUCCUACAAAGCGGCUUGGAUCGAACCACCGUCCUAUAAUUCGAGUGUGCCAUCCACAUAUCGUGAAUCGCGUAGAUUACAGACGUCGAAAGAUCAAGAAAAGCCGUGCAAUAUGCUGUUCGACGAGUUAUUCGAUCACAAAAAUGGUAUAAAAACGAAAAAGCAAUGUAAGGUAUAUAGAAACACUGAUGCUAUUCGUGAUGCUAUUAGUGAAAGAUUUGAAGAACUCCAUUCGUUGGAUGACAUCGCAGAAGAGAGAAUAACUGAGGAAAGUAACAACGGGAAAAGUACUGAUUUCAGUUCAGACAUAGUGUUUUCCCGAGUUAGCAAGAGCAAUGAAAAUCUAGAUCAAACGAAUAUAAAUGAGUAUACUAAAACCUCUAGUUCCAACACAGUGACUUUCAGUAGCAAGAGCAAGGAAAACUUUGAUCAAACAAAUACAGAUACGGAUACUAGUAACAGUUCGCAUAAAAAAUCUAACCUGACAGUAUCUAUAAUAUACACUCCCAAGGAAAAUCAGCCGUCUAUGACAUUGUACAUUCAAAUGGCUCUGUGUGAAGAAACCCUCCAACAAUGGCUGCUUAGUAAAACAAGUGCAACGCCUGGACCUUUAGCUAAAGAGAUAUUUCGACAGAUUCUUUCUGGAGUCGAUUAUAUGCAUUCUCAGCAAAUUGUACAUCAUGAUAUAAAGCCAAGCAAUAUAUUUAUAUCGAACUCGGGACGGCUUCAAAUUCAAUUAAGUGAUUUCGGAUUAGCUUGUCGAUUGCAAAUAGGAAAUAAACAUGCUGGGGUUGGCACUCGUAUGUAUGCAGCACCAGAACAACUAAUGGGAAAGUGUGAUAUAAAGAGUGAUAUCUACAGCAUAGGAGUCGUCCUUACUGAGCUGUUAAUGUCAGCAAAAACCCGAAUGGAAUUAAGUAACGCAUUCCGUGAUAUAAAAAAUGGUAUAAUACCAGAUGAUCUCAAGCAUUACAAAUGGGUACAUGUGGUCACGCAAUUAGUGCAAGAAGAUCCCACUAAACGACCUAUGGCACAAAAGGUUUUGCAAGACUUGAAGAAGGAGGAUUUGUUAAAUUAGAUAUUGUUAAUUAAAUAUAUCGAAUCUGACGCAUGCAAACCAUCUUGCGAUAGAGUACUUUUUAUCACUACUAUGUAUGUAGUUAUAGUAGUUAUUGGACAUGCAUAUUUUUGUAUUGCCGCAAAUAUAUUACGGAAUAUUUUGUUUCCUUUUAUUAUUUUGCAUAAUUAUUUUGCAUACUCGGCAAACACAAAUGUAUCAAAUAAUCUUUUACAAAUAUAAGCUAUCAAAGUAGCAAAACAUGAUAAUA